AUGUCCUUUGGGGCCUUUUGGGUGUUUAUGGCAGCAGCGAUCACAGCGCCAUGGAACUACACCCUCAUCAGGUUCUUCAUUGGCUGCGCAGGUGCCACCUUCGUUACCAACCAAUUCUGGUGCUCGCUCAUGUUUGCUCCGAACGUGGUAGGCACAGCCAACGCUACAGCAGCGGGCUGGGGCAAUUUGGGUGGUGGCGUCACGCAAAUUUUUAUGAUGUCGGUAUUGUUUAAUCCCAUGGUCGAGUCGGGCUUGGAGCCAAAUGUGGCGUGGCGAGUUUCCAUGGUGGUGCCGGCCAUCAUGUUUGUGAUCUGCGCUGUUUGCAUGAAGCUGGGAUAUGCCAACCGGCAAACAUUACGAUCCGGCAAUCACCGGGAAAACGCAAAAACCCAGCAUGUGGGAGUCUUGGAUGAAAUCAGCGGCAUGCAGGAAAUGAACUUUUUGUUUGUGUUGUCUUCAUUCGGCCAGCUGACGCCAGCAUGCGAAGACGUACCAACCCAGGACUACAUCGAGGUUCUCAAGGAUAUUCGAGUCGUGAUUAUGAUCUUCCAAUACAGUGCCUGCUUUGGAAGCCCCGCAGCAAUCAAGACUUACUUCCAGAUGGCGGCAGGUGAUGCGUCGGCUCUGGCUGGAGCGAACCUUUUUGCUCGAUCCCUUGGCGGAAUCACUAGCGACCUGAUGUACAAGCACUUUGCGUUCCGCGGGCGCAUUUGGGCCCAGUUCUUGGCGCUUUUCUUCGAAGCGUUGUUCCUGUUCGCGUUCGGCAAUGUCGAUAAUUCCCAACCUUGGUAUGUGGCAUUGGCCGUGCUGGUGUGCUUCUCCCUGUUUGUCCAGAUGGCCGAAGGGACUUCGUACGGUAUCGUGCCGUUCAUGAACAGGAAACAACUCGCGGUAGUGUCUGCGCUUGUGGGAGCUGGAGGGAACCUUGGUGCAGUGAUCGCGGGUUUCUGCUUCUACAAGCCCAUCCAGGAUGCAUUGACGCCAUUCAAAGUCCACGCCGGUUACGUCAUGUUCUGGGCGUUGCUGAGCCCGUGCUACUACUGGUCCGAGUACGGCGGGAUGUUUGUGGGCCCAGCAGCAACCUCCGAAAAGAGCAAAGGCCAGAUCAGCGACUCCGAGAUGUCAACAGAGGCACCAAGUGAGCGCUGUUAG